AUGUCAAAGGGUAAAGAACCUUUUAAUUACGGUAGUAUCAGUGGUGUUAACUAUGGAGCGAAGCUAGCUCCUCCGGCCAAGAAACUAAAAGCAUUUGGCGAGCUCUUAGGGGACGAUUGGGAUGAUGGUGUAAACGACAAUGUUCGUAAGAUAACAGUAGCGUACGAUGAAUUAGGUGUGAAAUCCAUCAAGUUUGAGUACACAUACGAAACGAAUAUUGUAGUCGGAGACGAUCACGGGUACAUGGCAAAAGAUGACAAGAAAAAAGAGUUCGAGCUCAAUUUUAAAAAAGAAUACAUCAUAUCCGUUGAAGGAAACUACGGUAAAAAGUUACCACCUUCUGGACCCGUGCGUGAUACGAUAGAAGCAUUAAGAAACGAGUAUAUGACGAUGCUUAAGUUCGAGACAAACAUUGCAACAUAUACGGUGCCGCCGGAAAUCGAUCAUAAACGCGGUUAUCAGUAUGUGGUCACACCGUUCAAGUUAAUAUGGGAAGGUCACAAGAUUGUUGGCUUCUAUGGCAAGUCUACAACUAGGAUUCAACGAAUUGGUGUUUAUGUCAAGCCAAUCGGUGAUGCUUAA